AUGUGUGGUGGUAGUUCUUCUGCAUCUGCAGGUGCGCCUGACGAAGAAGAAGGGGAUUGCUCAUCCCCUUCUUUGGCACCAACAGCUUCUUCCGCCCCCCUAAGUACUUCUGCUGCUGCUUCACCAGCAGCAACAACUACUGCACCAGCAGCCGCAGAAGCAGCAAUGCAUGCAGAUGCAGCAGCAGCAUCUGAAGAAUGUACAGCAGAAAGUCUUGAAGAAUUAUGGAGGAUUCAACUGCAUGCAAAUGCUGAGGCAGAAAAAGAAGACGAUCUCUACUCUCUCGAUGCAUGCGACGCAUCGGGUGGCUUCUGUUUAGAACCCGAUGAACAGCAGCAGGAGCAGCAGCAGGAGAAGCAGCAGGAGCAGCAGCAGGAGCAGCAGCAGGAGAGUGACGUGGAAAUACAGCUUUGCCAGGGAGAAAAAGAAUCCCCUGGUGCAGUUAGUGGCUCUGUUGCUGCCUCUGAGCCGAGCCCGCAGCAGCAGCAGCAGCAACAGCAACAGCAACAGCAGCAGCAGCUAUUAGACCAACAGCAGCAGCAGGAGAAUGGUGGUGCUGCUGAAGCAGCAGCAACAGGAAACAGCGACCUUGCUGCCAUAUUAGAUGACGACUCUCUAUUUACAUGCGAUGUACCGAACAGCAGAUCUGCUGCUGCUGCUCCUCCUGCUGCUGCAGCUGCAGCUGCUACUGCUGCUGCUGCAGUUGAUGGUUGUAAUUACAGUUCUUUAUUAACAGGUCGUCGUAAGGGUAUAGGAGGAGCAGCAGGAGGAGGUUCUGCUGCUGCUGCUGCUGAUGAUGAUGAUGGUUUGCCUGUAUGGUGUUCGCAGCAGCAAGCAGCAGCAAGAUAUUGUUUAUCUGAGCAACUACUACGUGAGGAAGCAGCAGCAGGAAGAAUAAAACAAUAG